ACAAGUCUUUCACAAACAGCUAUAUAAUUAUUGCUCCACAGAAACAUAACAAUACACAAUUGUUUAAUACAUCAUUUAUAUCGGGCUGCCUAUUUUGACAUUUAGUAACGGUUUAACCUGGCUGUUUCCUGUAUUAACCUAGGUUAAGCUAGCGUUAACUAAAUGAUUACAGCCGAAGAGAUCAACCUACACAGCAGUGACCACUCCCUCAUCUCACACGUUUGUAGCACUGAAGACAGCCGACGCUGUGUUCGCUUGCAAGAGCCAGCAGAAUGGACUUGACCAAUGUUCGGCGCGUGUCCUCCGCAGGCUACCGGUUACCGGAACGAUCCAGUGGAACAAGGCCGAUAACAACCCAGCCCCCCGCGGACAGGCCGCGCUGCCCGAAGGGAAACGUGGUGUCCUUGGAGCAGGACCCAGACAAGGGUGAUCCCGUUAAACAGGACCGAGUGUGGAAAGAGCUGGUUUGGAGAGAGGGGAGAGGAUUCCGGGAAUGGGAGAAGAACUGGAGCUUUCUCAGGAACUAUGAUCAGAUGGGACAGCUGAAGUCAGAGGAGCCUCUACCCAGCUACGUGCCGCCCUUCUCUGAUCGCGUCCCCAACACCACCAACCAGAUGUUUGGCAGCCGAUUGUCCACUCCACUGGGGAGUGAACUGGUCAGGCUGGACAGGCUGUUACUCCGGUCUGGAAGCCAUCACAAGCGCAAGCAGGAUCCAGAGAUGCUGCCCUGCUAGACCACUCUGAAGUUGAGACACUUCACAUCC